GUCUGGCUAAGUAUGGCCGCCCUAAUCCCGGAGCUGGCGCUGGCGUCAGUAGAAACUUGAGGCGGAACAAUCCAUAAGAACGGGGUUCUUGCGCGGUCGGUUCUCGUGUCCUCCUUGUCCUGCACAUCAGAGAAGUAUUACGGAGCCGACCCUCCCUCCUGGAAUGUACCCCACGCUCGUCCCGGCUACAUUGCUGGCGUUGGCGACCCAUGCAUUCUUCAAGACGUUCGAACCGGCGUCCCUGCGUCUAUCAAUAGCAGUGCUUGCCUUUCUUCCUGCGUUACUCGUGCUCACGUCCGCAGUGCCGCCUAUGACUCUGACAUCCUUCACUACUACGUACGGAACGUACUACACUGCCCUCGCGCUCUCGAUUGCAGUCUACCGCCUAUCACAUGUGCACCCUUUGUCCAAUUACCCCGGCCCCGUACCAUCUUCCACGGGGAAGUUGCACCUAUAUAUUCGCGAUCUUCACGACCAAUAUGGCCCCAUCGUUCGCAUUGGCCCAAAUGAACUAUCGAUCAUCGACACAACACUCUUGCCCGGUAUCCUUGGCACGGAUAGCAUGCCAAAGGGUCCCAUGUGGGAUGGGCGCCAGGCGGCGGGGAAUAAGGGUACGACGCCCAGCGUGAAAGGCGGGCUGAUCGGUGCGCGCGACAAGCAGCGGCAUGCGGAGUUGCGGCGUGUCUGGAACAGAGCCUUCACGACAUCCGCGGUCAAGCAGUACGAACCGAUCGUCCUCCGUCGGGCAUCGCAGUUGGUCGGGGAACUGAAGAAGCGAUGUGAAGCAGCCACAAUGCACGACGGUCGUGCGCAGGUCGAUAUGGCGCAGUGGUUGGGUUUCUUUUCAUUCGACUUCAUGGGUGACUUCGUGUUCAGCGAGACGUUCGGGCUCCUCGACGCGGGCGAGGACAAAGAUGGGCUCAUCGGUGGCACAGAAUCCAGUCUAUACAUGCCUUCCGUCGUUCAGCAAGUCCCUUGGACUGUGAACGCAGCGAGGCUGCUGCGACUACAGGUCAACAAGCUAGGCGAGCUGGCACUCAGACUGGUCACGAAACGACUGAAGGAGGGUUCUAUGCACUACGACCUCUUCUAUCACAUCAACGAUGAAGCGAAGCUGGAACAGGAGCGCACUCCCUUGCCCGUCGUGGUGACCAAUACUAGCACAGCUAUCGUCGCCGGCUCCGACACCACCGCUACCACACUCAGCAACAUCAUUUACUUCUUGCUCCUGCACCCGGUCUGCUUCUCUCGCCUUAGGGUUGAGAUCGACGAGGCAUUCUCUCCCGGGACGAAGGAACCAACGGACACGACCGUGCUUGCUCAGAUGCCCUAUCUGAACGCUGUAAUCAACGAAGGGCUUCGCCUCUAUCCUCCUGUGCCCACUAUGCUGCAGCGUGCACCGUCUGAAGGAAGCGGUGGCCAUCUGCUUGGGCCCGGUCUCUUCAUUCCCGAGGGUACUGCCGUAACGGUCCCACCCUACGCCAUGCACCGCAGCCCACGCUACUUCUCGCCUGACCCAGACAAGUUCAUGCCGGAGCGCUGGCUCGCGGACUCCGCCACCAACGUGGACAUGGUCACUGACAGGAGCGCCUUCAUACCGUUUUCGACGGGCUCUGCGGGGUGUGUCGGGAAGCCGCUCGCGCUGGUCGAGAUGCGCGUUGUCCUCGCACUGCUGGUGCAGACAUUUGAUAUGCGCUUCGCGACUGGGUAUGACGCGAAGCGGUGGCCGGAGGACAUACAUGACGUCUUUGUCAUGCGAAAGGGGGCUCUCCCAGUGAAGUUGUCUUGCCGCGCUCUGGAGGCAUAG